AUGGACGGCGUGUACCAAGCGCUGGUCGUGACCGUGGCUGCCUCCGUAGGCAUCUCCUUCCCCUGCCUCCUCGUCGCCUUCCUCUGCCGCCACCGCAAGAACCGCCUCCUCGAGCCGGACCACCGCUGCCCGUCGUCGUCGUCCCUCCCAGUCUCCGCCCCGAUCGGGAUAUCGUCGGAGCUCUCCUCGUCGUGGUCUCUGUACGGAUCGGCCGUCGACUCCUCGCUCAAGAAGCUCUCGCUGGACGACCUCGCUAGGGCCACCGGCGAAUUCUCCCCGGACAACAUCAUCGGCGACGGCAGCUUCGGGUUCGUGUACCGCGCCGUGCUCCCGGACGGCGGGCCCGCGGUGGCCGUGAAGCGCCUCUCCGCGGACCACGCCGCCGGCGCCGGCAACCGCGAGUUCCGCGCCGAGCUGGAGGUGCUCGGCAGCCUCAGCCACCGCAACCUCGCGCGCCUGCUCGGCUACUGCGCCGCCGGGCGCGACCGCCUCCUCGUCUACGAGCUCCUCGAGCGAGGCAGCCUCGACGCCUGGCUGCACGGCGACGCCGCCUCGGCCGGUGGCCUGCUCCCGUGGCCCGCGCGCCUCCGCGUCACCCGCGGCGCAGCGGCCGCGCUCGCCUUCCUGCACCACGACCGCCACCCGCCCGUGCUCCACCGCGACGUCAAGUCCAGCAACGUGCUACUCGACGAGGGGUUCGAGGCCAAGCUCGCCGAUUUCGGCCAUGCGAGGGUCGUCACCGGCGGCCCUGCCGCGUCGCAGCUCAGCACGCAGGCCGCCGGCACAGCGGGGUACAUGGCACCAGAGAUACGUGAAGGCGUGGGAGCAAGCGUGAAAGCAGAUGUGUACAGUUUUGGCAUGCUAAUGAUGGAGACAGUGACCGGUCGACGACCAAGCUGGCCAAUGAAGAACAUUAGAGGUAAGGAAGUAGAACUAUUGAAAUGGGCAAGGGAAAAGGUUGAGGCCGGCAUAUCCUCGGAGAUUGCGGAUCAUCGAAUGGGUUUAGAAGGGGAAAAGGAAACAAAGGAGGUGAAAGCUUUCUUGGACAUCGCACAAAGUUGCACAGAGGAGUCUCCUAAGUAUCGACCGACAAUGAAAGAGGUGGUAGAGAGGCUCAAUAGGCUGUGA